AUGUCAAAUUCACUGCCUUAUGGGCACCAUGGGGAGCUUCUAAGUAUUUUGCAAACCAGUUACUCCCCUCGCCUGUUCACUCUCCGAUGGAGCGUGAUACCCAGUCUGUCUCACAUACGAGCGACUCCUCUCGCCUGGAAUCCAAUUUCCCUAAGAUCCCGGAUUGAUGAAGAUUCUUCCUUUGAGGUCGUGGCUGCUGAUGAGUGGGUCUUAGAGAGCGCCAUGGGCGCACAAUAUGCAGAUCUUAUUGCCUCUGAAAUGUUUCGGGUUCUACUGUUUCUUUUUGGAUUUGUGAUAACAGAAACCAGCAGGAAACAUAUGAUGUGCAAUACAUCCAAGAUGGAAGUAUUUUAUGAGAAGUGUGAUGACAGUUUUAUUCCAUUGAUUAAGGUAGAGCCUUGUGAGCUUCAUAAGAACGCACGUAUGAAUUUUACUAUGACACUGAUUCCAAGAAAGAACAUUGACCGUUUAUAUGCUAAGGUGCAAAUUUGGAAGGGACCCGUCACAGUCUCAGAUAGGAGAUACGUGUUGUGUACUGGACUGGAUGAUGAAUAUGAUUUCUGUGGCGCUCUAAAAGGAGAGACACUGAACCUAUUUCACCAUGAUCUUAAGUUUAGGAAGCUGCAGUUAAUACCGGGCCUAUACACUAUAAAUAUUCAUCUACUUGUGGGUAAAAAAGAAGAAAUGCUUGCAUGUUUCAUCAUAACAGUGAUAAAGCAGUGAUAAAGCUGCAGUGUUCUGAUAAGAAGCUGAAAUUCAAUAUACAACACAUACAAGGGGAUGAUUCUAAAUGAUUCCCAGACUGACCUGUGAAAAGUUUGAAGACUGGGAGGGAUCUUUACAUUUUGAUAUUUGUCUGUUUUACUAAUUUCAUUCACACAUGGCAGGAGAAAUCUGCACAGUUAUUAGGGGAUUUUUUUCACCUCAAGAUUGAAGAUUGUUCUGUAAAUUUAGACCACCCAGACAUUCCGGGAUUGUUGUUUGCCUUUCUCUUUUUUUAUAUUACUGUUUUUUUUAAUUUAUUUAAUAAAUAAAAUAACAUUCACAUUUUCACAUAAGUGCACAAUAAUAGUGAAAAUGAGAAAAUAAAUAAUUACACUAAAUUAAAUAAGAGAUACAAAAGCAAAACAAUAAUCCCGAUACAUAUCUCAACCUAUUUUGUAAAUAGUUGUCUAGAACAAGGGUGUGGAAAUUUAAUUAAAAAAAAUACUUGUCCAUGGGACUAAAACAGAGCAAA